AUGUAUGCGAAAUCUGGAGAAAUCAAGAGCUCUGUGAAGAUCUUUAAUUGGAUGCAGAACAAGAACGAUGUCGUCUUGACAGCUAUGAUCCAAGGGCUUGCUGAGAAUGGAUUUUCUGAGGAGUCACUUCAACGCUUCGAUGAAAUGGGAAACACCUCAUCUAUUGCACCAAAUGAGCUCAUAUUUUUGUCAGUGUUGUUUGCUUGCUCUCAUUGUGCUCUUGUCGAAAAAGGGCUUGCUUACUUCGACUCGAUGGCGAGGAUUUACGUCAUCAGGCUGAAUCAGAGGCACUACACAUGCGUGGUGGACAUGCCAUGUGAACCUGAGGCGAACGCGCGGUCUGCUCUGCUCAGCGGCUGCAGAACCUACGGGGAUGAGGAGUUGGGGUCAAGGGCGUCUGUGAAGCUCGCAGAACAUGCGGAGGCGAAGCCUGGGGCGUAUGUCCUAUGCCUCGGGAGGGCGAUGGGUCGAUGCGAUGAAGACGAGAGACGUGAUGAGCCGGAAGGGGAUCAAGAAGAGUGGGGGCUGCAGUUGGAUGGAGCUGAGAAACAGAGUGCAUCUGUUUUAGUCACAAGAUGA